UUGGAAUAUUGUUACAUAAACCUUGUGUUUGGUGUUUAACUGCGUGCGUGCUCCACGAAACCCUUGCAGCGGCAGCAGCAGUAUCAUUCUCUUCUCUUCAGAUUCUGGUCAAUCGUUUCUUCUCUACCAUGGAUCUCGAGGAGGACAUUCGUUCUUUACAGCUUGACUCAGCAGAAGACAUUAAUGGGGUGGUAAAUCCAGAGGAUGAAAAGCCAGAUGUUGAUAAUUUUGAUAAGAUGGAGGAUGAAGGUUUGUUGUCAGGAAAUGAUCCAAAGCAGGAGGUUCAGGCUCAGUCUGUUGAGGCCGAGCCAAAAGCGAAAGAUAAGGAAAUUCCUCCCGUUCAAGAUGAAGAAGAUGAGCACAUGAAGAAAAGGCACUUGAAUGUUGUGUUUAUUGGGCAUGUUGAUGCUGGCAAAUCUACAACUGGAGGUCAGAUACUUUUCCUCAGUGGUCAGGUUGAUGAUCGAACUAUCCAAAAAUAUGAGAAAGAAGCUAAGGACAAAAGUAGAGAAAGCUGGUACAUGGCCUAUAUUAUGGACACAAACGAGGAGGAGAGAGUUAAGGGAAAGACUGUUGAAGUUGGAAGAGCACAUUUUGAGACAGACACUACAAGGUUCACCAUUUUGGAUGCACCUGGCCACAAGAGCUAUGUUCCUAAUAUGAUCAGUGGUGCAUCUCAAGCUGAUAUUGGAGUGUUGGUAAUUUCUGCUCGGAAGGGAGAGUUUGAAACUGGAUAUGAGAGAGGUGGACAAACUCGUGAACAUGUCCAGCUUGCAAAAACAUUGGGUGUGACUAAGCUGCUUGUGGUUGUCAAUAAAAUGGAUGAUCCUACAGUAAACUGGUCAAAAGAAAGGUAUGAUGAAAUUGAGUCAAAGAUGGUUCCAUUUCUAAAGCAAUCAGGAUACAAUGUAAAGAAAGAUGUCUCAUUUUUACCAAUAUCGGGGCUCAUGGGUUUAAACAUAAAAACAAGAUUGGAUAAAAGUCAUUGUUCAUGGUGGGAUGGACCUUGCUUAUUUGAAUCCCUUGAUAGUAUUGAAGUUCCUAUGGGAGAUCCCCAAAGUCCUUUCAGGAUGCCUAUAAUUGACAAAUUCAAAGACAUGGGAACUGUUGUUAUGGGCAAAGUUGAAUCUGGUACUAUUAAGGAUGGAGAUUCCCUUUUGAUCAUGCCAAAUAAGGAUCAUGUAAAAGUUGUUGCUAUAUAUAUCGAUGAAAAGCGGGUUAACAUCGCUGGACCUGGUGAAAAUUUACGGGUUCGAUUAUCUGGCAUUGAAGAAGAAGACUUAUUGUCUGGGUUCGUCCUGUCUAGUGCUGCAAAUCCAAUAUCAACAGUUACUGAGUUUGUUGCUCAGUUGCAGAUCCUUGAAUUACUGGACAAUGCUAUUUUUACUGCUGGAUACAAAGCUGUUCUGCAUGUCCACUCUGUAGUUGAGGAAUGUGAGAUUGUUGAGCUAUUGGAACAAAUUGAUCCAAAGACAAGGAAGCCUAUAAAAAAGAAAGUUCUCUUUGUAAAGAAUGGCGCUAUUGUAUUAUGCCGUGUUCAGGUUAAUAACGUGAUAUGUGUUGAGAAGUUCUCUGAUUUUCCACAACUAGGGAGGUUCACUCUUCGCACUGAAGGAAAAACUGUUGCCGUGGGGAAAAUCACUGCUAUCUAAGUUUGUAAAUUUUUUGACAUGAGCUGGUGCCCAUGUACUUGUACGCGGUCGGCCGUACAAGGCCUGGUUGCUUCAGUGUUAUAUUGCCCAGCAGCUUCCAACCAUACUACAUGUGAUAUAUAAUUGAAAUGGAUGGUUUUGAAUCGAUCCACCUGAUUAGCUGUGGUAUCUGGUGCCUAUGCAUAUUUUUGAAUAACAGCAAUGGGACAAAUUUUUUCUAGUCACAGUUGAAUGGGGCAUAUUUUAUUUGAUGCUGAUAAAUGAUUUCUCUUUUACUAUGUUAUUAGUGAGUAUACCUGAUGGAAAUUUGCAAGUCGGAUUCAGCGUCAUGUGUAUUUUGAGAAUGAACUAGUAUGCCAUGAGUAUUACUGAAUCGAUCCUUUUAGGAUGAAGAUAUUGAUCAUGAAAUACAUAAUUAUUUAUAAAUUGACAUCGCACCA